UUUAACUUCCCGUUAGGUUUCCAUUUGUGCUUUGUUCGCUCUCAUCGGGAAAUUUUGACGGUUGGGAUGAGACAUUGGAGCGGUAGCGAUGCGGCGAUCCGCUGUCGUGAUACCAUAUGCUUCAACUCCAACAAAUCUUUCGAGUCCCAACAUCAGAUGAUUAGUUUGUACAAGUGUUGGCUGACGGAAGGAACAUUCUUCCUAAGUUCCUUGUCUCAGAUUUAAAGUCUAAAGCUCCCGUCGGUAGCGUUCUUGCCCUCAAGCUAUAUUCUAGAAUCGAUGAUUCGAAGCUAUCUACACACGAAACGAUGGAUGGAACUUUGAUAUCUCAACAAAAUUCUCCGCGGGACUAGAGGAACUGUGACCACUAUGAGCACCAAAUUCCUUGAAUAGAGUUGGAUCUACUCAUAUGGUGAAACAAUGAAAACGUGGCUGAAGUAUCUCAAAGGCGAGUUGGGAUGACAUUCACCAUUGAUAACUACCUUAUUGAGAGCGGAUGAAUACAUGAUGGGCCCAAAUUGGCUGCUUGGAGAAAGGUGAAUGAAAGGGAUUGGGAAAGUAAAGUUCAUUUUGUUUACUCCGAUAUCGUUAUCGUCCUUGUUAGAAAGAUAUAAAAGCCCGAUUGAUCCCAUCUUUCAGAUAAUUUCUCUUUCCACAAACAAUAACAACACAGCUCUCGAUCUAUCUCCAUUAACUUCAAACCCUUUCAUCUACACUCAUAACAUCCUACAUUCUGAUUCCAUUAAAGCAUCAAAACACUCUCAAAGCACUACAAUCAAGUCUCCCCUUUGUACACAUCUGUUUGCAAAGUCUUCUUUUAAGAUGUCUGCAACUAUAGCUACUCUUCCUGAACCUUCCUCUCCACUUGAUCCUCAAGCUUUAGCGCAAAAGUACUAUCUUGAGCGACAGAAGCGUAUUCGUGAGGAUGGUCUUACUCAAUACAAGGAGCCCACUGGCAACUUUGCUCGAUUCCAAGAUGAUGCUCUAGUUGACGAGAUUGUACCAAGAGAACCAAUCACUGAUUCUGCCGAAGUACUAAUCGUUGGUGGUGGGUAUGGUGGUUUGUUGGCCGCUGCUCGCCUUUCUCAACAAGGUGUUACCAACUUCCGCAUUCUUGAAAAGGGUGGUGGGUAUGGUGGUACUUGGUAUUGGAACCAGUAUCCAGGUUUGUGCUCCUCAAUCUGACUUUCAAUACUCCAACCUUCAAACUUUGACAUUUACUGAUUUCAAUUGCAGGUGCUCAAUGUGAUAUCGAAUCCUAUAUUUACCUUCCAUUACUUGAAGAGCUUGGUUAUGUCCCAACUGAAAAGUAUGCUCGCACCACCGAAAUUCAUAAGCAUAUCGAGAUGCUCGUUACACGCUACAACAUCAAGGAAAAGACGAUCUUUCAAACUGAAGCCAAGUCCAUGAACUGGGAUGAAGAUACUCUUUCAUGGAAGACCGAGACAAAUCGUGGUGAUCACUUUACUUCCAAGUUUGCUAUCACAGCUACAGGUAUUCUACACAAGCUCAAGCUACCAGGUCUUGAAGGCAUGGAGCUUUUUGCUGGCAAAUCAUUUCAUACUUCGCGUUGGGAUUAUGGUGUUACGGGUGGUGAUGUAAAUGGAAAUCUCGGCAAGUUGGCUGAUAAGCGUGUUGGUGUCAUUGGUACUGGUGCAACAGCAGUUCAAAUGCUUCCUCAUCUCGCCAAAGCCUCAAAGCACGUCUACGUCUUUCAGAGAACACCCUCUACUAUUAACGUUCGAAACAACAAGCCUACUCCACCAACCUUUUGUCAAAACCUUAAGCCAGGUUGGCAAGAAAAUCGAAUGGAAAAUUUCAAUGAUCGUAUUUCUAAUUGUCGUCAGAAAGAAGACCUUGUCGCCGAUGGCUGGACUCUCAACCCUGCCACGGCUAUCUUGGGAAAAGCAAAUUCUUGUACCGAUCAAGUAAAAUUGGGUCAAAUGAUGAUGAUGGCAGAUUUCCAACUCAUGGAACGUAUUCGAGCUCGGGUUGAUGAAUUGGUUGAAGAUAAAGAGACAGCUGAGAAACUCAAACCAUGGUAUUCAUCCAUGUGCAAACGACCCUGCUUCCACGACGAAUACCUCUCCCUCUUCAACCGCGAUAAUGUCCAACUCGUCGACACAAACGGAAAGGGUGUUGAUCGUGUUUCUCAAGCUGGAGUAAUUGUCGACGGUGUCGAAUACCCCGUCGACAUCCUCAUCUAUUCCACCGGUUUCGAAGUCACAACCGCCUAUCAACGUCGCUCAGGCAUCACCGUCACCGGCCGCAACGGACUCAUCCUAGACGAUAAAUGGAAACUAGGGCCCUCCACCUUCCACGGAUUCCAAACCCACGGCUUCCCAAAUUAUUUCUUCUUCGGCACUACUCAAUCUGGCGUCUCUGCAAACUUCAUGUAUACACUCACGCAUCAAUCAAUGCAUACCGCGUACAUCAUUUCCGAAUGCAAGAAGAAAAAUAUCAAGGCUGUUGAAGCUUCAAAGGAAGCGGAGGGUCAAUGGGUCAAGGAUAUUUUGGACGGUAGUGCACCUAUGAUUAAUUAUUUCUCGCAAUGUACGCCGGGCUAUUUUAAUGGUGAGGGUCAGGUGGGUAAACAUCCUGAGGUGGGUGGGAAGACGGCGGUUUAUGGAUGGGGUGCUAGUGCGUGGGGAAAAUUGUUGGAGGAUUGGCGUGCGGAGGGGAAGAUGGAGGGGCUUUUGAAGAUGGUUUAGGGGUGGUGGGUGUGGGUGUGGAUUGUUUGGGGGAUGGGGAGGUUCUUUUUUUAAAAAAAGACAAAAAGUUAUUUUCUUUGAGGGUGAUGGGGGUAAAAGUUGUGAGGGGUUUUAACUUGGGGAUGUAUGGAUGGUUAUGGAUGGAUUUAUCAUUCGGUUUGAAAAUGAAAAAUUUCUUUAAAUGUGGUAUUGGCGACAGUUAGGUAUAGAUAACCCGGUUUAUG